UCAGGUUGUGCAAGCACUGAGUGAUGCUGGCAAGCUGUUAGUAGAUUUUGUUCUCUUCCUAUUCUUCUACAAGAAAAGAACUUCUUUCUUUGGGUCUAAAAAAGGAGUUCCGAGAAACUUUAAAUAGUGCCGAAGUGGAUGGAUGGCUAUUUGGCGUUAAUUUAGAUGAGAGAGUAAAGGCUUCAAAAAAUCUGGAGAGAGUUAGUCGUGACCUUAGACAGAUUAAAGCUAAAGCACCGGUUACCAACAAGGAGACAAAAAACUUCACAAGUCGGUCUCAUUACCAUCGAGUUCGGUGGGACCGCCAACAUUUAAAUCAACGGACUCAACCCUUUCCAAGAUCCCAGAGUCAAUAUCAAGAAGGAAGAUUUCAACGGAGUCAACACACGUCUCAGAGAAGACCUCCCAUGAAACGACCCUUCAAACACAAUUGAACAUUGGAACCUCACCCCUUAUGGAGAAGAAUUUCCCUGGUGGCAGGUCUCUUAUCCGGGAGGCGUUAAAAAGGAAAGAAGUUCCUUUAGCCGCAGUGGAAAUUUGUUUAUCUUCUAUUUCUCUGAGUACAUUAAGACAAUAUAAUAGUGGUCUAAAACGUUGGUGGGAUUUUUGUUCAAGACAGAAACUUGAUGUUUUUAUUAGUUCUCCCAAGGAUGUUUUAGUUUUUCUUUCUUUAGAGUUUGAUAAAGGGGCCUCUUUUGGCACGUUAAAUUCGAUUCGUGCAGCGUUAGGCCAUGUUUUAAAUUUUGAUUUAGGCACUAAUAACCUUAUCAAAAGAUUUUUUAAAGGGGUGAUUAAUGUUAGGCCCAAUUUACCAAAGUAUAGCCACAUCUGGGAUCCAGAGAUAGUUUUAAAAUUUCUUUCAAAUUGGGAUAAUAAUUCCGUCACAAUAGAAUUAUUGGGUAAAAAGCUAGCAGUUCUACUAGCUUUAGCUACAGGACACAGAGUGCAGACACUCUCCAACAUUAUGGUAGAAGAUAUCGUUUGUUUGGAUGAAAAAAUUGAAAUAAAGAUACCCAAUAAAAUCAAAACUACGGCAAAAAAUCGUUAUCAACCCACGUUGUUCAUACCGUUUUUUAAAGAGAGGCCUACUAUUUGUGUCGCUUCUGCUAUAAUCGUGUAUCUUGGUAAGACGAAGCAUCUGAGGUCUAACUAUGGUCAGAAAUUGUUUUUAACCCACAAAAAACCUUUUCAUGAUGCUUCUAGCCAGACGAUAAGCAGGUGGAUUAAGGAUAUACUAAGGUCUAGUGGUAUCGAUACAAAUAUCUUUUCUGCACACAGCACUCGUCAUGCUUCGACAUCAAUUGCUGCUAAGAGAGGUGUUAGUAUCGAUACGAUAAGAACAACCGCAAAUUGGUCAGAAAAAUCACAAACUUUUGCACGAUUUUAUCAAAGACCUAUUAAAGUUUUAGAGAAUUUUGCUGGUGCAGUACUAAACCCUAAUUCAAUAUGAAUAACUAUUGUUGAUAUCAGGUUUAGUACUAUUUUGGUAUAUAUAUAU